AUGGAGAAACAGAGCAUCAUCACAAACGCUUCUUCUUCUUCUUCUUCUUGGAUUCGAGGCAAUUGUAUUGGAAGAGGAUGUUUUGGAACAGUAAGCAAAGCCGUGAGUAGAAUCGACGGUGGAGUUUUCGCCGUCAAGUCAGUAGAUCUCGCCACGUGUCUUCCUGCUCAAGCCGAGUCGCUCGAGAAUGAAAUCGGAAUCCUCCGCUCUCUCAAGACUCACCUACACAUCGUGAGAUUCCUCGGUGAUGACGUGUCUAGAGAAGGAACGGUGUCGUUUCGGAAUCUCCACUUGGAGUAUUUACCGGAAGGUGACGUGGCUAACGGUGGAAUAAUCGUUGAGGAAACUCUGCUCCGCCGUUACGUCUGGUGUCUCGUCUCCGCUCUCCGUCACGUUCACGCUAACGGAAUCGUUCACUGCGACGUUAAAUCGAAGAAUGUCCUCGUCGUUAACGGUGGAAGCUCCGUUAAGCUGGCGGAUUUCGGAUCGGCGGUGGAGUUUGAAAAAGCGACGGUUGGGGUUGCGCCACGUGGAAGCCCGCUAUGGAUGGCUCCGGAGGUGGUAAGAAGAGAGUAUCAAGGACCGGAGAGUGACGUGUGGUCUCUCGGCUGUACGGUCAUCGAGAUGCUCACCGGGAAACCAGCCUGGGAAGAUCAUGGUUUCGACUCGCUGAGUCGAAUCGGGUUUUCAAACGAGUCACCUUUUAUUCCGGCGGGAAUUUCGGAACUCGGUCGCGAGUUCUUGGGAAAAUGCCUGAAACGAGAUCGGAGUCAGAGAUGGACUUGCGAGCAGCUUUUGGAGCAUCCGUUUCUAUGUCAAGAUCAUCACUCGUUUUUCACCGAGUCGUCUCCGCGUUGCGUAUUGGACUGGGUCAACUCGGAGUUCGAAGAAGAAGAAGAAGAAGAAGAAGAGAGCGACGGGUCGAGUCUUGAAACUAUCGUUUCGGCUAUGGCAAGGAUUAGUAAAUUAGCGUCGACCGAAGGGGCAAUUUGGGAAUCAAACGGCUGGACUGAGGUUAGAAGCGAUGCUUCCGAAGAGUUAAGGGCAAAAUGCGAAUAUCCAGUUUCAACAGGGGUAGAAUCGGAAUUAGAGUCUACCGAUGAUUCUGUUACACCGUCAGAAAAUGAAGAGUCUGCGUCGGCGUCGGUCUCGGCGUCGGUGAUGACGUGUCAAAUAGUCGAUGUGAACUAUAAACUUUUGAUCAAUGUUUAA